UAGCUGAGAAAGUAAUAUGGUAAUGUGCUUAGUUUCUCUUUUCAUACAGCACCUUUGUUUUGGAAUGUGUAUUUUUCUGUGAAAAGUUCCAAGACUGUUUACAGAUAUUAACAGUACGUUUGUUUUUAUGCAUCACUUUCAACGUGUUCAAGGGAUUUUCCAAAAGUUUAGGCAUAUUGUACAUUUUUACAGUUCUUGGUAACAGCAAGACAUUAGAUACAAAAAUUACCAUUAACAAUAACAAAUUCAUUGCAUGUGUCCAUUUACAAUCAUUUUUGUCAUGCCACACCUUUGGCUCAAUACCAUUGGGGUUUGGGCAUUUUAGGGUUAACCUGUGGCUUCCCUUUGCAAACCUAAGUUCUCAUAUUCCUCCUUUUCCUGAAGGAUCAAACUCAGAUUUCUCUUGCUUAACAGAAUUCACUGGCUGAUUGGCUGUGCUCUUUUUGCUAACAGCUAUUGGCAAGUCUUUCUUCUCCGUGCCAGCCAGAUAAUUUGCAUCAACACAGACAGGAGCCACUUCACCAAUUUUCAGAUUCUUCACUGCUACCAAUUCCAAGGCUGGACUUUGUUUUAACGAGAUACCAUUCAUUUUCACUAACAAGGUAGAUUCAAAGUGCUGUGGUCCUUCCCUCACCAACCAUUGCUUCUACAUGGAAUCAGAUCUUAAGUCCACUGAGAGACUACAAGUUAUGUCCAAAGUGCCUAGAGGUGAGAGUAUACCUGCCCUCCCCUGCAUUUUCAAGAGAUUAACUACCAAGCUGUUCUGCUCUGCAGACCCAGCUACCCAGUCUUCCUUCUGAACCUGAGACACAGACUGUUCACUCAGAGGAUCAGCAUGGAGAUAUUCCUCUCUCAACAACCUUGUCUCCCCAGCAAGCUGGCCAAACCCAGCCACUUGGUUAUAGGGCUUUUCAACAUUUUUAACAGCUUUUACUUCAUCUGUGCCCUUUUCAAAGCUAUCCACACUGGACCUUUCAAAAGGAAAGACAGUGGAUCCAUUCACCACAGAACAUUUCUGUGUGUUAGGAACCAAAACUUCCUUGAUUGAAUCACUUACAUACCUUCAGCUACAGCAAACUGCUUGCACAGAUUACCAUGAGGAUUUCUUUCUCCAGGAACUUCUGAACCUGGAAAAUUUUUGAACCUGAUCGACACAUCGGCCACCUCAUGGCAGAAUUCAACUUCACCCCCUCUGACUCUUCAAUGUUCAUCCUAACUGGCAUCCCUGGCCUGGAGUCUGACCACAUCUGGAUUUCCAUCCCUUUCUCUACAGUCUACUUCAUGGCCCUGUUGGGAAAUUUCACAGUUCUGUUUGUUGUAGGCAAAGAGAAGUCCCUGCACAAGCCGAUGUACCUGUUGCUCUGCAUGCUGGCGCUCACAGACAUCACCACAUCUACCUCCUUCAUGCCAAAGGCACUGUGUAUAUUUUGGUUCAAUUUGAAAAGCAUUACUCUGAAGGGCUGCCUCACCCAGAUGUUCUUCUUUCAUGCACUUUCUAAUGUGCACUCAGCCAUCCUAGUGACAAUGGCCUUUGAUCACUACGUUGCCAUAUGUAACCCUCUGAGAUACGCCACCAUCCUCACCAACGCACGAAUAGCUAAGCUAGGGCUAGUGGGUUUGAUAAGAGCUGCUAUCUUCAUUCUGCCUAUGCCCCUGCUUCUGAUAAGGCAGCCAUUCUGUGCCAACCGCAUUAUCCCACAAACAUACUGCGACCAUAUGGCUGUAGCUAAGAUGUCAUGUGGGGACGUCACAGUCAGCAGACUGUACGGCUUGGGGAUGGUGUUUAUACUCAUUGGAUUAGAUGUGACACUCAUUGGCCUGUCCUAUGGUCUGAUUAUCAGGGCCGUCCUCAGAAUCUCCUCCAAGAAAGCCAACCACAAAGCCCUCAACACCUGCUCAGCCCACAUCUGUGUGAUCCUCAUUGCUUAUCCUCUUGGACUCUUUUCCAGUCUGACACAUAGGUUUGGUCAGGGCAUCCCUCCGCACGUUCACAUCAUCUUGUCGAAUGUCACUUACCUCAUUCCACCCAUGCUCAACCCUAUCAUUUAUGGGGUCAAAACCAAAGAGCUUCGUGACAAAGUGCUCAAAUACAUCUGCAGAAUUCACUCACCUCAUGCUACUGACUUUAAACCCACAUGACAAGAGAGGGUUUUGGAACUGCACUAUGUUACCCUGGAUUUGAGGGGUGGUUACCACAGA